GGGAGGACAUGGGGGAGUUAGAACAUGGUCUUCAAAAAAUCAUGAAGGCAACACCUUCAAAAGCUUUGAUCAAGAUCAACCUGGUUUUUAUUGCCUUUUUUCUGCUCUUCUAUGGAGCUCUUCUUUUGCGACCAAAUUCUUCUCUCUAUUUCCAGAAUGCAGCAUCGGCUGUUCGAUGCUCAUUUCGUGAGUGUCAUCACAAGCUGGAGAAAGGGAUGAAAAUGAUGGCAGGUUUGGAGCCGAAGAGAAAUUUAACUAUGUUAUCGGUGCCGAGCUUCGUUGAUAAAUUUGGUGGUGGAUUGAAGAUUGGGAUGGCUAACUUCGAAGAUGUGGAUUUUAGUGAGUGGAAAAAACAUGGGGAAACGAUUCCGAUCGAUUUCGAGCGAGUCUCGGAGCUUUUCAAAUGGCAAGAUUUGUUCCCUGAAUGGAUUGAUGAAGAAGAAGAAGGUGAAGUGCCGAAAUGCCCCGAGUUACCGAUGCCGGACUUCGAUAAGUACCCAAACUUGGACUUGACAGUGGUGAAACUUCCGUGCAAGUACCCCAUAGAUGGCUGGUCUAGGGAGGUUUUCAGGCUUCAAGUUCAUCUCAUAGCUGCAAACUUGGCAACCAAGAAAGGGAAAAGGGGUUGGAAUUGGAAGACAAAAGUGGUGUUUUUGAGCAAAUGCAGGCCCAUGUUGGAGAUGUUUAGGUGCAAUGAUUUGGUGAAACAGGAAGGGGAGUGGUGGUACUAUGAACCGGAAGUCGCGAAAUUAGAACAAAAAGUUUCAUUUCCUGUUGGUUCCUGCAAGCUAGCGUUGCCAUUAUGGGGCCGAGGAAAUGAUGAAGUGUUUGAUAUCACCAAGAUCAAACAUGCAACGGGGAACACAAAACGUGAAGCCUAUGCCACAGUGCUACAUUCUUCGGAAACGUACGUUUGUGGUGCGAUAACCCUCGCCCAAAGUCUCCUAAAAACCGGCACCAAACGGGACCUCAUCCUUCUCCUGGACGACUCCGUCUCAAAACAGAGGCGUGACACUCUCAAGGCAGCCGGAUGGAAGCUCCGGUUCAUAAAGAGAAUUCGAAACCCUCGAGCCGAAAAACACUCAUACAACGAAUACAACUACAGCAAGUUCAGGCUGUGGCAGCUUACAGAUUACGAAAAGGUCGUAUUCAUCGAUGCAGACAUCAUGGUGUUACGAAACCUCGACCACCUUUUCAAUUUCCCUCAAAUGACUGCAACGGGCAACGACGUUUGGAUAUUCAAUUCGGGCAUUAUGGUGAUCGAGCCAUCAAACUGCACGUUCAAGCUCUUAAUGAACAAACGUGAAGAGAUCCUCUCGUACAAUGGAGGGGACCAAGGUUUUCUGAACGAAGUGUUCGUAUGGUGGCAUCGUUUGCCGAGGAGAGUGAAUUUCCUAAAGAAUUUUUGGUCUAAUGACUCAAAUGAAAGAGGUUUAAAGGAGCAGCUAUUUGCAGCUGAUCCACCGAAGCUUUACUCCAUACAUUACUUGGGGUUGAAGCCUUGGCUUUGUUACAGGGACUAUGAUUGUAACUGGAACAAAAGGGAUCAUCAUGUUUAUGCAAGCGAUGCAGCUCACAAGAGAUGGUGGAAGUUUUAUGACACCAUGGAUGAAAAAUUGCACAACUUUUGUGGGUUAACGAAGCGAAGAAAGGUUGAGUUGGACUGGGAUACAAAGAAGGCUAAAGAUGCAGGGUUCAAAGAUAAGCAUUGGAAGAUUAAAAUUACAGAUCCAAGACGAAAAAGUAUUAUCAAUUAGAUUUUUUCAUGUUUCUUUUCUUUUUUUCGGUUUUAAAUUAUUUUUGUUAAUUUUAUUCUGUAGAAACGCAGUAUAGAUGAUCCCGUUUACCUUGUAAUUUACGUAUUGAUGAUAGCUAUACCAUACUAUUUGUGCAUUAC